AGCACUUCUCGUCCCUGCUAUCAUCUCCGCCCUUUCCCAACGACGACGACUCUCCCGCCUCGCAUCACAAAAGAUGUCUGGCAUCAAAGACGCUCUCUCUAGCGCUGCGGAAGCCAUGCAUCUCACCGGCGGUGCAAGCUCAGAAGAACAGCAACAGGCCACAGGCAAGGGCGUUACGGCUCACGUUGAUGAAGGCGCUGGCUCAGAUGCCGACGCCGACGGAACCAAGGCAAAGCCCUUUGCAACUCCUCUCGCAGCGCUACUUGCCCUUGGCCCCGAGGCUACCGUCCUUGUCAAGAAGGCGCCUACUAGCGAGCCUGCUCCCGAUCCCGUGAACAGACUUUCUCACACACACUCUUUUGCAGGGUCCCAUCUCUGGCGCCGGCUUGAAGCGAGCCAAGAAGUUCUAUGAGGCUGAGAAGAAGAAGCAAAAGAAGCUUGGCGAGCAAAAGGCCGCUGAGGCAGACAAGGCGGGCAACGAUCAGCAGCGAUUGCAGGAUGCGAGAAAGGUCACCCUCGACCCCGUAGACCGCUCUGCCUACGGCAAGAUCAAGAUUCGCAAGGGCAUCGAGAACCGCGACAAGAAGAUUCGGGUCUGCGGCUGGGUGCAUAGGCUUCGCUCCCAGAAGGGACUCAUCUUCAUCGUGCUGCGAGACGGGACUGGCUACUUGCAGGUCGUACUCUCGGGCAAGCUCGCGCAGACCUUUGACGCUCUCACUCUCACCAACGAGUCGUCCAUCGAGGUCCUCGGCACCCUCAAGGCUCUCCCUGACGGCAAGAGUGCCCCGGAUGGACACGAGCUUGCCGCCGAGUGGUGGACUGUCUUGGGCAAGGCUCCCGGCGGAGAUGACGCCUUCACCAACAAGGUGACCAAGGAGGCGGACCCAUCCCUCCUGGCGGACAUGCGCCACCUUGUCAUCCGCGGCGAGACGGCCUCUGCUGUUCUCAAAGUACGAGCCUCAGUCAUGGCCGCCUUCCGUGCCGAGUAUGCCUCUCUUGGUCUCCUCGAAGUCACUCCUCCCUGCAUGGUUCAGACACAAGUAGAGGGCGGUUCCACUCUCUUCAAAUUCGACUACUACGGCCAACCCGCCUACCUGACGCAGAGCUCCCAGCUCUACCUCGAGACGUGCCUUCCUUCUCUUGGUGACGUCUUCUGCGUUCAGGAGUCCUUCCGAGCAGAAAAGUCGCACACUCGUCGUCAUUUGAGCGAGUACACCCAUCUCGAGGCUGAGCUCGCCUUCCUCACCUUUGACGACCUGCUCGAGCACCUUGAGCAGCUCAUCUGCGGUACAAUGGAGCGCGCCCUGGCAGACAAGGAGACGAACAACUUCAUCUCUCAGCUCAACCCUGACUUCAAGCUGCCUUCGCGCCCAUUCAAGCGCAUGGACUACAAGGAGGCGAUCAAGUGGCUCAACGAGCAUGACAUCAAGACGGACGAGGGGGAGCACCACAAGGUCGGAGACGACAUCGCUGAGGCGGCCGAGCGUAAAAUGACCGAUGCGCUUGGCGUGCCCAUCUUCUUGCAUGGCUUCCCGAGGGAGAUCAAGGCCUUCUAUAUGAAGAAGAUCCCAGGCGAUGAAGGGUUUACGGAGAGUGUUGACUUGCUCAUGCCUGGAGUUGGGGAGAUCGUAGGCGGUAGUAUGAGGAUUUCGGACGAAAAGGAACUGCAGGAAGCGUAUGUGCGUGAGGGCAUUGACCCGAAGCCAUACUACUGGUACCUUGAUCAGCGACGAUAUGGUACCAGCGAGCACGGAGGGUACGGUCUGGGCGUGGAGAGGCUGCUCGCUUGGUUGAUGAACAGGUGGACUGUUCGUGAGGCUAGCUUGUACCCGCGCUUCACUGGCAGGUGUACCCCUUAGGGUGGUGUCUGAAGACGAAGCUGCCAUGUCUAGAUAUUGC